UAACAAGAAUUUAAUAAUGGUAAUUUAUUUAAUUUAUUUAAUUUAACUAGAUUUACUUUAAAAGCAAAUGUAAAACAAGUAGUACGUUAUAUGAGUGCAAAUGUCGUACAUAAACAAAAUAAUCUCCAGAAAGAUAUGGAAAAGAUCAACAUAAAACUGAAACAUAACAUUCCACGAUGGUAUAAAUUAGUGAGUACAAAUGCAACAGACAUGUAUCUUAUAAAUGACGUUGUAGCUAAGCAAUUUAUCUCGUUAAUUCAAGUUGAUAUAAAAAAAAAUGCAUCACAUGUAAUAGAAUUAAAUCCUGGUCUGGGUUUUAUAACUCAGCAGUUGCUCGAGAUAGGUAUCCCAUUUGUUUAUAUGUAUGAAAGGGAAAUUAAAUUCAUCGAUAUAUUAACCAAGUUACAUAAUAAAUUUCCUAAUAAAUUAAGUCUGCAAAAUUCAAAUCUUUUUAAUUUAUCAAAAUCGAUGCAUAUAAAUACUACCAACAAAAGCAUUCAGAAUGCAUAUAAUCUAUUGAAACAUGUGCAAAAAAAACAAUGGAAUGAGGAAAGUUGUAUGCAAAUAAUUGGUGCAACAAAUAAGGAUUCAUUUCUAAGACAUUUAAUAUUAAGCGCAGUAUUUCGAACAUGUUUUAUGGCAUAUGGACGACCAAUAUUUUAUCUGGUUGUACCACCAUCUAUGUGGGAUAAUUUCACUGGUACAGCAAUAAAAUCGAGUAAUAUUAUGUUUCAAACAAUAUUUGAUUAUCAUGUUUUUGGAGAAGUAGAUAGAAAAGCAUUUGUACAAUGGACCAGAGCAGAUUUAGAAAAAAAAUUAGCUCGACUUGUACAAAAAGAUCCACCCAUGACAUUGAUAAAUAGUGAAUGUAGUAAAGAUGUACUACCCUAUCUAUAUGUCGUCAAAGUUGAACCAAAACGUGAAAUUCCAGUAUUUCGCUAUGGAAAAGAGGAUUUGUUAUAUUUUUGGUAUUUUGUUCGACAUAAUUUAUAUAAACCAAGUAUGCGAGUGAUACCUUCAAUGGAGAAAUUAAUACGAGGUUGUGGUGUGCGACUAAUAGCUUUAAAUAUGAAUGUGUUUACUCAGUUCAAUGAUUUGAGCCUUAAACAAAUACAAGAUCUUUAUUUAGAAUUUCGUUCUUGGCCAGAAUUUAAAGAAAGCAUAUAUACAUCAAAUGUAGCUGAUGUUAAGUCCAUGUACGAUAGUUAUUUAGCAGCAGAAGAAGAAAAUCACAAAACCAUCAUUACUAAAUAAUUGAUUCUGAGACUGGAAAACUUGUUGUUUUUUAUUGAAAAUAUAUUAAUAUGAACUUUAAUUAUGUAAAAAAUAUAAUUUGUUAUUAUAAAUCUAGAAAAGUAUUUUUAUAUUUGUGGAAUCUCUUACAUUUAAUUGUAUGUAAUAAUACAUGCAACAGUAGUUGGAAACAGUGA